AAGAAGGGGAAAGGGCCCAAAAGCCCAGCGAGCGCAGCCACCAUGUUCGUCCUGCGGAUCCAGUCCGUCGACUUCCCCACCGCCCCCGCCUCCCCGGCCGCCGUCGCCGCCGACGAAGUCGGCACCAGCGGCGCCACCUCCAACCCACUCUCCCCGACCUCCAGCCACCCUCCCCCCUCCACCACCACGUCCUCCAUACCUCCACUCGAGCUCCCCGGCGCGACCUCCGCCGCGUCCGCCCGAAGCCCUAGGACCCACCACACCCGAGGCGUCAUCCACCUCUACCACUCGUCAUCGUCCACCUCCAACACCUCCUCCUCCUACGCCUCGGCCGUCGCCGCCACCUCGUCCUCCUCCUCCGGGCCGGCCGCCCCGCAGCCCGCCUCCGACUCGCUCCUCCCGCCAUGGCGCGGCACGCGGCUCCUGGUGCUCGCCGUCCCGACGCGCGUUUCGCCGGACGACUUUGUCCGCUUCUGUGGACCCUACCUCGAGCGCGCCUCAGACAUCCGUUUCAUCAGGGAUGAUGGAGUGGAGGACCGGUACAGUGUCCUUGUGGAGUUUGAGGACCAGAAGAGCGCUGAAGGGUUCUACCUGGACCUCAAUGGCUGGAGGUUCUCAUCCUCGGAGGGAGAGGUUUGCCAUGUUCUGUUUAUAGCAGCUGUGCAGUAUACACCCUCCUCGGACGUUGCCACAACUCCACCGGUUGGAUCCACCGAACUUCCAAUAUGCCCUGUUUGCAUAGAAAGAUUGGAUCAAGACAUCAGUGGGAUUUUGGCAACUACGUGUGAUCACUCCUUCCAGUGUUCAUGCGUUUCAGUGUGGGCCAAUUCAUCUUGUCCGGUAUGUCAGUUUUGUCAGAAGCAGUCUGAAGAUUCUACUUGCUCUGUUUGCCAAACCUCCGGAAACCUCUGGAUAUGUGUGAUUUGCGGUUUUGUUGGAUGUGGAAGGUAUCAAGAAGGUCACGCAAAACAGCACUGGAAAGACACUCAGCACUGUUAUUCGCUAGAUUUGGAAACGCAACGUGUUUGGGAUUAUGUUGGUGACAGUUUUGUCCAUCGACUGAAUCACUCAAAGAGUGAUGCAAUGCAUGCUAAGUUCAAGUCGAAAUGUAAAUACUCUGGGGAUGACUGUGUGAACUGCUCAUGCAAUGAUGACUCGGACAUGGGUGGAGCUAUGUUCAGCAGCAAAGCUGAAACAAUUGUGGAUGAGUACAAUCGGCUCCUGGCAAAUCAACUCGAAACUCAAAGAGAGUAUUAUGAGGGCCUUUUAUCUGAGGCUAAAAGAAACAAGGAACGCCUCAUUUCUGAAACUGUUGACAAAGCUGUAAAUGAUAAGCUUCAAGAGCUCCAACUUAAGCUUGAGAACCUAAUGGUGGAGAAAAAGAAAGUUGCAGAUAUGAAUGAAAAACUCACUAGGAGCCAAGACAUGUGGCGUCAGACACUAAGAGAUAUUGAGGAAAGGGAAAGAACACAGUUGAAGUCGAAGGAUGAAACAAUUCGUGAUCUGGAAGAACAGAUAAAGGAUUUCAAAUUUUCGAUCAAGUUGCAGAAGUCAAUAGAGAAGAACGAUGGUGUCAGGGGUGGUACGCUGGUGCCACUUGCAACGGUGUCAGAUUCUGGAGGCAAGGGUAAAAGGUCAUCAAGAACAAGCAAGAGGAGGAAUUAGUACCCUCCUGCAGUUAUCGUACAUAGUGGCGCUUUCGUUGUUGACUACUUAGCAGCUUAAGUCCUGACUGGACGCUUGUGUGUGAACAGUAAGAUCAUGUGUUACCGGUAGUUCUUCUCGGUGCGAGCCUGCUCUGAUGAGUACAAUGAGAAAAAAAAAGGAUCCAAUGUGAUGUCAAUCUCAUACGGAAAGAAAAAAGUGAGAAUACAGUCCUAUACGUUUUCGAAUUAUGAAUAUAAUAUGCAGCUCAUGUGUAAAACUAGAAA